UCAUAAACAGACUCCUCUGAACAGCACACGCCUGUCUGCCUUGGCUGUAUAAAGCAGCAGAGACGUUGGCUAACAGACACUUGCUGUGAGAGGACUAUGAGAGCAGCAGCCAUCUCCGCGCCAAGGCUGGACAAAAUGCCAAGAAUGUUCUUCUCUGCUAACCCAAAGGACUUGAAAGAAACUGAUCAUUCACUUUUGGACGACAAAAUGCAAAAGAAGAGACCAAAAACUUUUGGAAUGGACAUGAAAGCUUACCUGAGAUCUAUGAUACCACAUCUGGAAUCAGGAAUGAAAUCUUCCAAGUCCAAGGACAUACUUUCUGCUGAUGAAGUAAUGCAGUGGUCUCAAUCUCUGGAAAAACUUCUUGCCAACCAAACUGGUCAAGACAUGUUUGGAAAUUUUCUAAAGUCUGAGUUCAGUGAGGAAAAUAUUGAGUUCUGGCUAGCUUGUGAAGACUAUAAGAAAACAGAGUCCAAUCUUUUGCAUUCCAAAGCACAGAAGAUAUAUAAAGAAUUUGUGCAUUCAGAUGCAGCUAAACAAAUCAAUAUUGACUUUCACACCCAAGAAUCUACAGCCAAGAAGAUUAAAUCACCCACUCCAACAUGUUUUGAUGAAGCCCAAAAAAUUAUAUAUACUCUUAUGGAAAAGGACUCUUAUCCCAGGUUCUUGAAAUCAGAUAUUUACUUAAAUCUUCUAAAUGACCUUCAGGCUGGUAGCCUAAAGUGACUGGUUCUUGGGUGAAAGGAUUUUAAAAGGUAUCAAGGACAGAAAGGAUGUGCCAGGGUGGCUGCCUGGCUGGCUCUUCAGUCCCGGAGGAAGAAAUCGACUCCAAAUGUAUGGACACGGGAGUUAACUAGGCACAGAGUUAAAGAGGCAUAAGUCAAAUAAAAGCUGAGCAACUAGAGAAGGAAGGACGACUUCAGGGGACCAUCGUAAAAUACUGUGGACCCAGAAAAUUCCUCAGAACUGAAAAACCCAGAUAACACUGGUUGUAUAAAAACUGCGAAUAACACUUAUGAGGCUGUUUACAACAUCUGUAAGUUUCAAGUUCAACUGACACUUAUGCUAUGUACUAUUAUAUAGGUAUCAUGUAUGCUGCUGAAAUCUCCUUAAUUUGGAUAGCUAUUUCAAAAGUAUUAUAUGUGUUUAAAAAUCAU